AUGCCGGCGCCGGCCUCCCCGACCCGCAGCAGCCCGGGCCGGGGGCGAGUAGACCCCCACUGGCCCUCUCGGCCCCCCGAGGGCUCCCUGUCUCCAUCUGGGACUGAGGGACGGGGAACGCCCCUUCUCAUCCUGCGCCCCCGCGAGACCCCAUCUGCCUCCGGGCCCCAGAGGGAAGCCCAUUCUCUGUCCCUGGUCCCAGGAGACACCGAGGGGACCCCCAACUUCCUUUGCUAUCUCUUAGAAAGCCUCCUUGUUCCCCCGGACCCUUGGAGCAUCCCGCGUCCCUCCCGCACGCAGCCCGGGUUGGGGCGAGUUGAGGCCCCUCCUUUGCGCGUGCGCGUGCGCUCCUUCGGGACGGAGGGGACCCGCGCUCCAGGCGCAGGCUGUGGGCGCUGCCGGGGCCGCCUGCCGGGGCCUCCACCCACCUUCCUCUUUUUCCUCUCUUCCCAGGGCACGUUCGCGCAGCUGGUGGCUCAGAAUGCACUGUUGACCGACGGGCCCCUGCGCUGGUACAGCGACCCGGGCCUGGCAGGCGUGUCCCUGGCGGCGGGCCUGAGCUACGACGAGGACACCCAGGAGCUGGUGGUUGCAGAGGCCGGCGUCUACUACGUCUUCUUGCAAGUGGAGCUGCAGCGCGUCGUGGCCGGCGCCGCCUCGGGCUCCGUUUCUCUGGCUCUGCACCUGCAGCCGCUGAGCUCCGGGGCCGCCGCCUUGACCCUGACCGUGGACCUGCCGCCGCAGCCGACUCCGAACUCGGCCUUCGGUUUCCGGGGCCGCCUGCUGCACCUGGGCGCCGGGCAGCGCCUGAGCGCCCACUUGAGGGCCGAGGCGGGGACGCAUUUCGCCUGGCAGCUCGCCCAGGGCGCCACGGUCUUGGGCCUCUUUCGCGUGACCACCCAAGUCCCCGCCGGACGCCCCUCACCGCGGCCCACGUGA